AUGGGGGGAACCGAGAGCUGCGAGAGCCGUAGGGUGUCCUUCGGCAUGGACGAGGAGGAGCGGGUCCGGGUGCUGCAGGGCAUCCGGCUUUCUGAAAAUGUGGUUAACCGCAUGAAGGAUCCCAGCCAGCCUUGCAAAGUGGGCCAGCUGACUUUUCCUCCUGCUCCUCCAUCUUCUACAUUUGGCACCUCUAAAGGCCCGGAGAAAGACUCCAAACUGCCCAGGUCGGGGUACGGCGGUGGCCAGCAGCCCUCGGGAAUUGCGGAGGAUCUCCCUAACAGGUAUAAACAGCAGCAGGCUAUAAUCCAGGAUGAGCUGUUUCAGGCGCUGAGGAGGGAAAGAGAGGCAACCAAGGAACCCUGGAGCACAUGCCUGCAUGGAGGGGAGGGCAGCGUUGAUGAGGAGAAGCAGAAGUCAGCCCUGCUGGCCAGGGACCUGGAGAGCCAAGAGGCGGAGCUGAGGUGCCACACCUUCUAUAAGGAGCAGCUGGAGCACAUUGAGAGGAAGAAUGCUGAGAUGUAUAAACUAUCUUCCCAGCAGUUCCAUGAGGCAGCUUCGAAAAUGGAGGGCACAAUAAAGCCCCGCAGGCUGGAGCCCGUGUGCUCAGGGUUGCAGACUCAGAUCCUUCACUGCUACCGUGACAACCUGCAGGAGGUGCUCCUGUGCUCGGACCUGGUCAAAGCCUACCAGCACUGUGUCAGCGCUGCCCAAAAGGGCUGAGAAGCAGCCAUCAUUCCUGGCCCUGGCAGUGACCUGGAGCCCUGAAGGGACCAGUUAUGGGACCACAGCCUGCAGACCCCCGGGACACAGCCAUUUUCUGCCGGGUGCCCACGAUGCCCGUGUGCUUGGAGCCACCAUGUGCUUAAGAAAUGGAGGAUGUGCUACUGUCUGAAAACAAAUAAAGCAGCUGUCUUUGUUUUCA